UGCCCAAGCCAACUGAGUUUUAUAGAGAAAUUUAAUUUAUAAUACAUUGAUUAAUCAAUAGAAAAAGAGAGAAAGUAAGAAAGGAAUAAGCAUGAAGGGCCUCAAGCCAAUAAGGCCUAGACCUCAGUCCUAAGAGAGAAAUCAGUUAGUUGGUUUUAUCACUCACCCAAGAUCUGUCUAGGUAAGGGUUCCAAUGACACCAGGACAGCGUCCUUCUUCAAAGAGAGAGUCUCCCCAAAUCCUACUCCCAAGACCACCUGAGUCUCCAAGAGAAUCUCCUCCCAGAGCCUCCUCCUGAGUUCUCCUUCAAGCCUCUUCCUCCUUUCAGUCAGACCUUGCUAUUUUUCAAGGAAACAUCUAUGUUCCCUCCCCUCAGUUCUCACAUCUACCAAUCACUGUAGAUGUUCAAAAAAGGCAGCCCAUUUGUAUUCACAGCUGAGUAGAUUCAGUCUCUUCAAGUGAUCUGAACCCUAGAAAACAUUGUUGAGUUGACUUAAUUUCAUCAAGAGAAAAACUCUGAUUAAAUCUUUUCCCUUUUAGGUUUAAGGAGUUUACAAGUUGCCCCACCUUUAUAGAUACUUAGUAUCCCAUUGUAUCAAUUCUAAAAUCAAUCAUGACUCAAAGAACUUCCUGUUCUAUGCUUAAGUAUAGGUCAAAGUCCUUUCCAUUGUUUAGCAAAAGGUUUCUGUCCUAAAGUAGUCUUAGGUAGGGAGGAGAAGGAUCCUCCCAUGCCAAGGAGUUUCAUAUUCCAAUAGAGUUCUUACUAUCAGUAGGAAAUUUUUUCAAGUAUGAAAUUUCACAUUCAUAAAUCUAAGAAAUUUUAAGGUUUACAGGGUCAGGGAUGGGUCUCCCCUCCCAUGGAGCCACCAAGGCCCCAGACCCCAUCCCGCUCUGCUCCAGUCUCUGAAGGAUGGGGGCCGUCCAUGCCCUGAGGCCCCCCCCAGGCGACGAAAUUGUGACCCCAAAGGGCCUCCCUGCCCCCCACUGCCCUCUGGAGGACAAAUUCUGGGGGCCAGGAUGGUCUCUGACAAGGCACAGAGGGACAGGGAGGCCAGCAUGGAGGCAGGCCCAGGGGGAGACGUUUAUGGCUGGAGGAGAGGUAAGUUGGGGGACCCAGCCUGCAAGGGGGGACAGGAACCCCGACUGGGGGCAAGCAGCAGGGCAGGGAAUGCCUGGAAGCACCAGGAGGGAUGUGGGGGAAAAGCUCUGGGAAGAAGCUGAGUCCAGGGCAGCCAGAUGGCCCCAAGGAUAGAGCCUGCCUGGAGAGCAGAGGUUCUGGGUGCAAAUGUGUCCUGGGACACUUGGGAGCCCUUCUGGGUCUUCUGGAGUCCAGACUCAGCCCUGACUGUGACACAGAAGGGGAGGCUUAAACAAGAAGGGGAACAUGGCAGGGGAGAGCUGGGAGAAGGCAGGGCUUGUGCUGGGGAGGGACAAGGAGGAAGAGGGGAGGCCAGGAAGCCCCUGCUGGGGGAGGGCAGGAGCCAGGCUUCUGGGGGCUGAACCUGGGGAUGCCUGCAGGAAAGAGCACCUCCUGGGCUCCUGGGGGUAGGCAGGCCUCAGAGGACCCCUCAGAGGGUGCUAGACAACCCCAUUCUUCCUCCCCUGAGGGCAGGCCCAGCCACCUCCCUGGAGGCCUCCUCCUCUGGGCGUCCCUCUAGGUCUGCCUCCCAGCUCAGCCUGGACAGGCCCAAAACCAGAAAGCAGAGUCUGUAGUCCAGGGAAGGCCCCAGGUGACCCCCAACCCCCCCUCAUCUCAGGGAAGGGCAGGUCAUGCCCAGUCCAGGCCUGUGUGUUCUCCCCUCCUGAACCCCAGAGACAGCAGAGUGAAUUCAGAGCAGCAGUCCUGGGCUCUGAGGCCAGCAAAAGAAUUGUGCAGGGAGAGAAGCCCUUCCAGGGCCUUUAGCCCCUCAGUGCCUGCUAGUACUCAGGGCCUGGAGUCAGGGAGGCCUGAGAUCUCCCUCUGUGGGACCCUGGACAAGUCACUUUAGCCUGCUUCUCUCAGUUUCCUCCCCUGUCCAAUGGGCUACAGGAGGAGAGGGCCAAGCCUCCCAGCCUCUGCCCAGAAAGCCCCAAAGGGGUAGGGAAGAGGCAGCCAGGUCUGAACAGCCUGAGCCCAGCAGCUCUGCAGACAGACACACAGACACCCCUAGACUGUCCUCUGUCCAUCAGAGCUCAGAGCCUGGGCUCAGGGGCUGCUGCUGCCUUCUGUGGCCUCCCAAAGGGCAGGAGGGGGUUCCUGGGCCUCCCCCAGGCCUCUGAAGGGUCUUUGGGCCUUGUGGGCUGGGGGAGGUGCUAAUGGAGACCCUCCUCAGCUGGCCCAGAGGCCCAGGAGACCCUGAGGAAGCAGCUCUGUUUCCCCCCAUAUCCUCUCUGGACCACCUUCCCCAAAGCUCUGGACUCAGAUUCUUAUUCUCCAGAUUCCACAGUGGGGAAACUGAGGCAAAGGCAGGGGAGGGUGUUGGCCAGGCUUCCCAAUAUUGGGCAGUGUCUGAGACCACGUUUGAGCCCAGAUCUUGGGGGUUCCAGGAUCAGGAGGGCGGUCCCCAAAUCACCUACACCUGGGGAGAGUGUUGGCCUCUCCUUUGGGGAGCCCCAUGGGUCUCCCCAAGCAGAAGGAGUAGAAGAAUGUUCAGAGAUCCCUGGAGGAGGGGAACCUGGGAGGGGGACCUAGGCCUGGGCCUGGACUGUCAGCUGCUGCUCUCUGACUCAGUUUCCUUCUUUGUUAGAAUCAGGGAUCCAAGAGCCACCCCCACAGGCCCUUGGGGAGCAGAGAUCCAUCCACUGAUCAGAGAAUGAAUAGACACUUAUGAGGCACCUGCUGUGUGCCAGGGUGUAGCCUGAGGCAGCUUCCAGUCUAAAGAAGCAGAAGAGGUGGGCGGGAAGGGGAAAUGGGGGUGGGGGGAGAAGGCUGCAGGCCCCUAGGUUGGGGAACAACCCCUCCCCCACCGAGCCUCUACAUGCAGCGGCCUAGACAGGAGGACUCCAUUUCCCAGAGAGCCGGUUCCCUGACUUCCUAUUCUCGGCUCCUCCCCAGCGGGGCAGCGUCCCGGCAUGCUGGGAACUCAUCUGGCCGGUCUCAGCUCCUGGAAGGUUUCCUGCUGUGCUUCUAGGAUCUUUGCUGGAGGCAGAGAUAUAAUUUUGAAGUGACAGAGAUGUCUACGAAGCUGAGGCUUCUUGUGGAAGGAUCUGGCGUCCAAAGGUGCAUGAAUGAGGUUCCCCAUGACUGCAUUUUGAGAGAAAUCUGUGACUCUGAUAUGCAGGGCUCAUUAUCUUUCAAGGAUGUGGCUGUGGACUUCACCCAGGAAGAGUGGUGCCUAUUGGACCAUUCUCAGAAGGAAUUUUAUCUAGAGGUCAUGCUGGAGAAUGUGCAGAAUCUACUUUCUGUGGGUCUUCCAGUUCCUAGAGAAUAUUUUACCUCUUGCUUUCAGCAAGGGAAAGCACCAUUGCUGCUUGAGCAAAAAGGCCCCAGGAGUUGCUGCCCAGAGGCAGAGACUAAUUUUGAAGUGACAGAGAUGUCUACAAAGCUGAGACUUUUUGUGGAAGGAUCUGACCCCAAAAGAUGCAUGAAUGAGGGUUCCCAUGACUUCAUAUUGAGAAAAAUCUGUGACUCUGAUAUCAAGAUCAAUAAAAAUGUAAAGAACGAAUAUGAAUUUGAUGAUCCUUCAGAGAAAUUCAGCCAAUAUUCAGUCCACAAUCAGCUUGUGAAAUUGAACUCUGGAAAUGUCUGUUGUCAGGAUACUCAAUACAGCAAAUGCUUUCCUGAAGUAGUAGGACUUUUUCAGUGGAAUGAGAAACCUUUUGAAAAGCCCAUGAAUCAAGAUAACCUAGGAGGAGUAGCCUUUGGCUGCAGUUUAGACUUCAGUAGACAUCCAAAAAGUAAAUGGGUAGAAAUGGUUUCUGAUAAGGAUGAAGGAGGGAAACCUUUCAGCCAAAACUCUGAUCUUGCUACACAUCAAAUAAUCCAUUCAGGAGAGAAACUUUAUGAAUGUAAACAGUGUGGAAAGACUUUCAAAAGAAGGGACUCUCUUGCAAUACAUCAUAGAAUCCACUCUGGAGAGAAACCUUAUGCAUGUAAAGAGUGUGGAAAGACUUUCACACAGAGGGGCCAUCUUGCUAAACAUCAGAGCAUUCACUCUGGAGCUAAACCUUAUGAAUGUAAACAAUGUGGAAAGGCUUUCAGACAUAGGGACCAUCUUGUUGCACAUCAGAGAAUCCACACUGGAGAGAAACCUUAUGAAUGUAAACAGUGUGGAAAGGCCUUUACAAGGAUCAGCUCCCUUACUACACAUCAGUUAAUCCACUCUGGAGGGAAACCUUAUGACUGUAAACAAUGUGGAAAAGCUUUCAGACAGAGGGACAAUCUUGCUGCACAUCAGAGAAUCCACACUGGAGAGAAACCUUAUGAAUGUAAACAGUGUGGAAAGGCCUUUACACGGAUCAGCUCCCUUUCUACACAUCAGCUAAUCCACUCUGGAGGGAAACCACAUGACUGUAAACAAUGUGGAAAGGCUUUCAGACAGAGAGAUGAUCUCACUGCACAUCAGAGAAUCCACACUGGAGAGAAACCUUAUGAAUGUAAACAGUGCGGAAAAGCUUUCACACAGAGGAGCAGUCUUGCUGCACAUCAGAGAAUUCACACUGGAGAGAAACCUUAUGACUGUAAACAAUGUGGAAAGGCUUUCACACAUAGGGACAAUCUUACUGCACAUCAGAGAAUCCACAGUGGAGAGAAACCUUAUAAAUGUAAACAGUGUGGAAUGGCUUUUACAUGGAGCAGCUCCCUUGUUACACAUCAGUUAAUCCAUCGUGGAAAGAAACUUUAUGAAUGUAAACAGUGUGGAAAGGAUUUUAAAUGUCCCCGCUCUCUUGCAGUACAUCAUAGAAUCCACUCUGGAGAGAAGCCUUAUGAAUGUAAACACUGUGGAAAGGCUUUCACACAGAGGAGUCAUCUUGCUGUACAUCAGAGCAUCCACACUGGAGAGAAACCUUAUGAAUGUAAACAGUGUGGAAAGGCUUUCACACAGAGGGGCAGUCUUGCUAUACAUCAGAGAAUCCACACUGGAGAGAAACCUUAUGAAUGUAAACAGUGUGGAAAGGCCUUCACACAGAGGAGUCAUCUCGCUGUACAUCAGAGCGUCCACACUGGAGAGAAACCUCAUGAAUGUAAACAGUGCGGAAAGGCUUUCACACAGAGAGGCAGUCUUGCUGCACAUCAGAGAAUACACACCGGAGAGAAAUCUUGUAAAUGUAAACAGUGUGGAAAGGCUUUCAAAUGGAAAGUUUCUCCUGCAGCACAUCAGAGAAUCCACACUGGAGAGAAGCCUUAUGAGUGUAAAAAAUGUGGAAAGGCUUUCAAAUGGAAAAUCUCCCUUGCAGCACAUCAGAGAAUCUACACUGCAGAGAAAUCUUAUGAAUGUAAACAAUGUGGAAAGGUUUUCACACAGAGGAGUCCUCUCAGUAGACAUCAGAGAAUCCACUCUGGAAAGAAACCUCAUGAAUGUAAACAGUGCGGAAAGGCUUUCACACAGAGAGGCAGUCUUGCUGCACAUCAGAGAAUCCACACUAGAGAGAAAUCUUAUAAAUGUAAACAGUGCGGAAAGGCUUUCAAAUGGAAAUUCUCUCUUGCAGCACAUCAGAGAAUCAACACUGGAGAGAAACCUUAUGAAUGUAAAUAAGUUUGUUAAAACUUUCUCACUAAACAUCAGAGAAUCUGCCCUGGAGAGAAACCUCAUGAAUGUAAACAAUGUGGAAAGGCUUUCUCAGAGAGAGGAUCUCUCAGUAAGCAUCAGAGAAAUCUCAUUAAUGUAAUCUGUGGAAAGAUUUUCUCUUGUAAUCCAUCAGCUAAUCUACACUGGAGAGAAGAAACCUUACUGUAUCUGAUAAAAUCAUGAUAUAUUCUAUGUCAUAUAUUGAUCAUUAUUGUUAGAUUGGAAACUUUGUUUAAAAAUUAGUGAACGUUAGGUAUCCUCAAGGAAGAUAUAAAUCUCUCCUUUUGAAGAAUAGAGAAAUUUCCCUCCCCUUGAAAAACUUUUCAUUGAUAUAUAAAUAUUUGCUUUUUAUUCACUUUUUUUCUAACAUAGCCAAAAUUCCCCCCUUUUUUCCCUUAAAAAAUUUUUAAUUAAUGGAUUAAGAUGUUAGAUUGCCAUUCCCAUGGAAAAAGUCUUGAAACAUGCAAGUACAAUCUUAACUCUGUGUCUUGAUGUUUCAGUUUAAAGGGACUUGUCCAUGUCUCAAUUUUGGCUUAACUUAAAAAUUGCAAACUUAAGAAAUGCCCCAUGAGAUCAAUAUGCUGGGAAACUUAAGGAGAAUAGGAAAAGGUAAGGAAAAUAUAACAUACAAAGAAAUUGAAUUUUACACAGGUAGUGGGUGACUAGGAUGGGUACAUUGUGUUAAUUUCUGAUAUAUUUUUAGUUCAUUUGUAUGUCCAUGGACAUUCCUGUUGAGUCAACACUCAGAGUAGUGCCCCUGUCCUCUCCCUUUCCUUAAAAAAAGCUGUAUAUUUUGCUUCAAACAUCUCAUCAAGUGUCUUAUCUACUCAUUUGAACCAGGAUGUAGACCCAGGUUCCACUCCAAACAUCAUGAAUGUCAACAAUGUGGAAAGGCUUUCCCAAAGAAGGGCAGUCUUGCUGGGCAUAUUCUUUUUGCCAAGAGUGGAUUGGGGUUCCUGAAUGUUGAUUGCUUUUUAAGCUUCUAUUUUGCAGGGCUUUCCCUUUGUAAUAAUUUCCCUUCCUGACCAGAAGCCUGGGUGAGGGCUUUUUAUAUAUCCUUUUUAUAGAGUGCUCUAACGCAUUUUGCCCUGACGCUACCUUUCCUUCCCCUGCUGCCUUGGCUGUGUCCAGCCUUGUUUCUUCCCAGGCUCCACAUUCUUUAAUCUUGGGUCUCAAGUCUUGAUGCCAAAGUCUUACAUUGCCCUCAGGGAUAAGUCUGUGGUGCCUUCAGCCAGGCCCUGAUAAUUCAGAGAUUUUUUCCAUUCUCUCUCUGACUCUGGAAUGGCAAGUGGUGUGGGGGAGAUGUGACCAGCUUGUACUCUGAUGAGUCCAGUUUUGCCCUCAUAUAUAUAUAGCAUUAGUAUCCCAAGACACUGCCUACUUUUAAGGCUUCAUCCCAUUGGAAAGCCCUUUUGAUUUCUGUCCUUUUGAGAGACUUGGUAAAGAUUGGUUGGAAGGAGGCUCAGAAGGCUCCUGCUGCUACUAUGCCAUCUUAGCUCUGCCUCCCCAAUGCCUCCAUCUGUUGUUAAUCUUGUGGGUAAAAAUUUUUUAUGUAAAUUAAGAAAUGUUUUGUCACAUAUUAUGAUUAUUCUUAUUGUUAAUUUGCUUGUUGAAAAUUUGCUGAUGUAAUAAGUGAAUGUAAUGGUGAGAAUUUGUCUUUUGCACUAUUAGACUAAGAUAAAAGUCUCUCAAUCCUAGAAUUUUCACCAAAAGAGGUUUGAGUGAACUCUUUUAUCACCAAAAGAGGGAAAUGUCCAUCUGUGCCUUAGUAGUUUGACUUGUCUUAAUGGUAAGUCAAUCUGUUUAACUACAGUGAUGGCAAUUCUUCAUAGUGCCACUUAUUUCUCAGUGUUUAUUUGUCUGCUGCCUUCUAUUCCAUAAGUGGUGCAAAACUUGAAGCCUAAUAUUUGUUGCAUUUAUCUGAUUAAAGAUACCAAUGUCAUGUGGAUUAGACUAUCACAGACUAUCAUAAACUCUCCACAAGAUUUCUCUCAGAUAAUAUAGGAGGACUUAGCAGCUCCAGUGCAAAGCUGACUCGUUCCUAGCCAGGAAGUGGCUUGCUUUGAUUAAAGAAGGGAAACAAGAUAUCCCAGGCACAAGAUAAAGGACUUUUUUUUUUUUCAAGGAGGACUUGUCAGUAUCCAAGACCAAGAGACAGGUACAUUACAUAACAAGGUCGGCUGGCUAUUAGCCCUAAACUUCAACUUUUGUGGAGACAAUGAAGCCACUUUACUGAGCUCAUUGCAGAUUCUCUUGUGAAAGCACUACCACUCCUGGCCCAAGGUUUCUAUUUCCCAAUGCCUAGUGGCUUGAGCUAUUAGACCACCGAAAUGGAAAAUAUAAAAUAUCACUGUCACCUCAAAUUCCCACCUGAUCUUCAUCUAUUUGGGCAAACCCUUACAUGAAAACCUUAAACUAUAAAAAUUUUAUUGUUCCCUUGUGGUAAUCCUUGGUCAGAGGAGGUGAAGGGGGCUACCGGAGCUACCAUGGUUUGGGGCUACAUGAACUGCACUGGUUUUCGAGGUCAGCCUCUCUUUUGCCUAAUCUAAGUGGCCAGGCAGUGUAAUUUAUUGCCAUUCCAAGAACAAGAACUGGUUCAGUUCCAAAGAUAGCAGCAGUUCAAGAAGGCCCAGCCUAUAAAUGCUGCCCAGGACACUGAGGUGUCAAAGACGUAUGACCAAUCAUCAUCUAUGAAGACACCCAUGAAGAUAAAGAAGGCAAAGACACAAGGCUAAAAUGCAAUCUAGGUAUCACAGAUUCUAGGUGAGUACUAAAGGAAAGUCUUUUUCUUUUCUUUCCCUAAAAAUGUCAUCACCAAUCCUACUUGGCAAUUCGCGGCUGGAUGUCAUUAUGGUGUAUAAAGUCUCUAUAAAAUAGGAAUGAGUGGCUCAUGGAAUCACUUCAAACUUUCUAGUAGAACAUUAGAAUGUCUACAAUGUAUUGCUUAUUACUAUGAUUGAAAAGGGUUAUAUCUCUAAGAGGAGGGUGUGAAGAUUGGAUUUAGCUCUCCCCUGAUUGUAACAAGGAAGGUACUUAGCUCUUUCUUUAUAGUGAAGAUAAAAUUGUAAUCCUAAUCUAUUUUUAGAUAAUCUAAAAAUAGCGCAGUCCUGGAGAGAGCAUCUGCUGUGAUUGGUAGAAGUGAAAUUUAGGGGAGGUGACAUAAGAGAAAAAGAUCUUUAAAUAGAGGACCACAGAGGCCAGAGGAGAUAGGAUCUAAGAACUCUAACUCAGAGUUGGACUGGAGCAUCAGUAUUUUGAGCUUGGAGUGAAGAAGAGUCACUCAAAGGAGAGACUGGAAGACAGAUACUUGAGGAGAGACUGGAAGACAGACACUUGGACUUGGCUGUGGAACUCGAUUCUGGAGGAGCUUGUGCAGGAGAUCUCAGACUGCUUUCCUUUUAGAUGGUCACCUUGGUGAGUCAAAGGCUGACAUAGUUUCCCUGCCCUUCUGGAGGUGUGAACCUUUGAGAAAUAUCAUCUUGAGACUCUUUUCCCUGAUUAGGACCUUAAUAUUUCUACCUCACUCAGAGGAAGCUGGAGUUUUCUGUCCUUUUAUCUCAUUCCUUUAUAUCUUCUGUCUCUUAUAAAAUAAACUACCAUAAAUUAAAUUUACUUAAGUAAUUUAUUUGGGGAUUUAGUAAUUAAAUCCCUGGUGACCACCUAUUUGAUAUUCAGACCAGCCACAAAAAAUGUAAUAAUUAUUUGGCUGAACACAUUGGUUGUGAUGAAAUACCCUCAAUCUUCUUCAGUUUUCUAAACUUCUUUUACUGUGACUAUCCCUAUGUUAGCUUUUAUUACCUUAUUUUGAAUCUAAACAAAUCAGCUGAAAAUGUAAGAUUGCUGUUUCCAAUUCUUCCUUGUCCUAAGGAAUAAUCAAGUUGACUGGAAAAUGUGGAGGAGAGUUUGGGGAAGAUCAUGGCUUUAGUAAAAAACUAAAAUGAAUUUAAAAACUCCCCAGAGUACUAGUGACUUAUCUCUCCAUACUUCCUCAUUAUGUGAAUUGUAAAAAUGGAGAUUUGAAUCCAGGACUUCAAUCCCUAGAAGUCCUUGCUCCACUUCCCCAGAAUGCUUUGUAAUCUCACUGAAUUCUCACCUGGGACGAGAGCAAAAUAUUAUUUAAAGGUUCUCCGCCAUAGGUGGGGUCUCUUUUUCUUUCCUGUUUCUGCUUACAAGCAGACGCAGCUCUUUUCAUAAUGUAGGUGAGAUUGUGUCUAGGCCUCUCUCUGGCCUAGACACGUGCUUUUCUUACUUGUAUAUUCUUAGGUUCUCAAUCUUAAAUAAACCUCUAAAAAAAUAAUACUCCUUAAAGAGAGAAACUAAUUUCUACCUGCCUCAGUUUCCCAAAAAUUUUAAUCUUACAGUUUUGGCAACCACUUUGGAAAAGUGAAAUAUCUCAAUCUUCUGAUUCUUUUCUCUACUAAGUUCAGCUUUAAUAGCUAGUGCCUAGAAAUUUUUUUGAUCCACGUUUCUGUGGCCGAGGUUUUUUAUCUUCACAAAGCUGUUGCUCAUUCCAGCCAUUAGAUAGCUCACAGGCUCUCUCCGGACCUGUUACUUUUGCCACCCACCUGGCCCCUGGCUGCUAAGUUCUGCCUGCCUAUUUCUCCUGCUGCUGCUCCUGACCUCUCUCCGUUCUCACCUGGUGCCCGAUCUCCCGGCCCUGCCUGCCUGUUUCUGCGCCCCAAACCCACGUGCAUGACCCCAGCUGGCCCAUCACCCAGGCUGCUGGUAGCAGACCCAGUUUCUUCAGGAUCAAAAACCAGCUGGUAACAAACAGGGUAAUUUUCCCUUUGGCUAGAUUAAGUCUCCAUGUGAGCAGAUCGGAGGAGGGGAGAGAGAAAAGGGAGAGGAGAAGAAAGAGACUUAUGAGCAGGAACUUAAAAGCAUGGCUAUUUUACAAGGAUAUCUUUUAAUUGCACUGAUCCUUUUAUUGACUUUCUACAACCUUUUAGCUAACUUUGGGGAGGUAGCUGGGUAUCUCAGUGGACUGAGAGCCAGGCCCAGAGACGGGAGUCCGUCUCUGAUUUAAAUCUGGCUUGAGACACUUCAUGGCUGUGUGGCCCUGAGCAGAUCGCUUGGACCUCAUUGCUUACCCCUUAUCAAUUUUCCUUCGGACAAUAGACAUUUAAAUGGAUAAUUAAUAAUUUAAAAAAUAUAUACACCCAAGGAACUUUAAAGAGACUAAAGGCUAUAUUUUUAAGGCAUUUCAGACUCCAGUGGUUUAUACAAAACUCUGUAUUCUAUUGCAUUUUACUGUUUGCUUUUGUUUAAGGUUUAACUUUGUGAUUUUAAGUUCAUAUAUUACUGGAUUCAAUAUUAUUCUGUGACACUGAAUCAGUUUAAUGUACUGGGUUUUGACUACUGUUAAAUUCUCUUGCUUUCCCCCUAAUAUCAUUUAAUUAAGCCCAUAUUAUAAAAAAACAGCUUUUCUAUUUUUGACUUUGUAGAUGGACUUCAUCAGAACUGGUUACAAUUGCUAUAACAACCUUUGGAAAAUUUAAUGUGCUAAAUAUCUCAAUUGAUUUUAAGGGUUUUUUAAACAUGAUUCUUGGAAUUUUUUUUUACAAUCUCUGGUAAUUUUUGCCUGCCCCUACCACAAGGUGUAAGGCCCAUUCCAGUAGCUGAAGUGAAAUACAAUUAUAAACCCCAACCUUCCCACAUGUGAAUGGAAGUUGGGCAGUUAAUCUCAGGGCACUUGUAUCCCUAAAUGAGCCUCCAAAAAAGGAGGAUCUCUCAUUUAUAACUCUUCAGCUCACUACUUUAUCCAGAUUUCUUGAUUAUGUUCUUAACCCAAAAUGAGUUUUACUUUGUUUAAAAAUAUGUUUAUUACCAAGGUUGAAAGAUUUGCUACGUUUGUAAAAAAAAUUGUGACAAAUAUCCAUCAAUUCAUAGGUUUUGAAAAAUGCUAUACAGCAGCUUAUGUGAAAUAUGAUAGUGUGAUCGUUUGCUAUUGUAAUUAAUUGAGCUAUUGAGAAUUUUGGGGAUAUUGAUAUCUACAUAUUUAUACUACUGUUCUUUAAAAAUGAAAAAUGUUACCUUAUUCAAUUCAUUUGCCUUAUACUCACAGUGGAGCAUGGCCAGACAUAAAGAGGAAAUGGAUCUCAUUUUUGGUGAGAAAGCCUUGUAUUCUAUAUUUCCUUAGCUGACACAUUGUAUCAAUGAUUAUAAGCUAUAUUUUUGAAUUUUUAAAACUUUUAUUAUAUUUUUCUUGCAUGUAUAAUAUACUAUUUCAGUUUUUUAUUUUUUUCCUCUCUUUUUCAUAUUUGAAGCACAUGUCACCAGCAUUAAGAUUUUCUUUAACUUUUUGAUUUAGCAGCAAUAUAAGUUUAAGAUACAUUUGCUAAUGCAUGCCCCCAAAGGCUUGAGACUAUAAAAAUGAUGCCACUAAUUAUUUAAAAAUAAAUUAUGGGACUUUGCUUAAUAAUUCUGUCUGAUUCCAGGACACGAUACACACAAAAGAGCCAUUUCACAGGGCCAAAGAAAACCCAAUACAGGAUGGAUUGAUGCACUUCUAGGCCAAUGCAAAGGUUUUGAACCUAGUGUGAGACUUGGGGUUGUGACACUUGAGUUAUAUUAAGAUGUAGGCCUUCCUUGUGUCCACACUCACUCUGAAAAUACUCACAGACGAGUAUCCCCCAAACCUUGGCUCCUAUAAUCUGGUCCCCUUUUCUGCCUUUCAUAGUGUGGUACCUUUCUGUAGUCCUGGCUACUGACUGGGUAAAUGCAUCAUUGCUUAGAUCAUUUGAUUGGGCCCUGAUUCAAGGACCUGCUAUAGAUUUAUUUUUCUUUUACUUAGAAUUUCUACACAUAAGACUUUGAUAGUCUGUAUUUUCAUCCAGUGGAUUUUCUUUUUUCUUUGGAUUUUUCUGAUAUCUUUUUAAUUUUUCUUGCCAAUUGAUUCAUAUACCUCAUACCUCAGCCAUGCAUCCCUAAGUGAUCCUGUAUUCUUCAAUCACCCUCUUAACAGGGGAAUGUAAAAAAUAUCAUUAUUUAAAUUGCAAAGUUUAAAUUCCUUUUGAGAAGAAUUUUAGGUAAAGAAAGAUGCUACUUCCCUGAAUCCAGAAACUGAACUGUUGGAGAAGACACCAUGAAGAAGCCUCCUGACCACAAGCUGCACAAGAAUGAACUUUGUGUGUGGUUGAUUGAACAUUUAUUUGUAUAUAUACUUUCAUGCCAAAGGGAACUGCCCCCUAAUUGGCUUUUUGUCAAUGCGUCCAGCAAUUAUUGGUUUUGUUCUUUUUUGUUCUCUUAUCCUCAAAUUAUUGUAAUCUUUAAAUUGAUUAUGUUUUUUAUGAUCCUUUAGGUGGGGUCUCUUUUUUUCUUUCCUGUUUCCACUUACAAGCAGACGCAGCACUUUUCAUAAUGUAGGUGAGGUUGUGUCUAGGCCUCUCUCUGGCCUAGACACAUGCUUUUCUUACUUGUAUAUUCUUAGCUUCUCAAUCUUAAAUAAACCUCUAAAAAAAUAAUACUCAUUGCAGAGAGAAACUAAUUUCUACCUGCCUUGGUUUCCCAAAAUUUUUAACUUUAACAGAAUCUCUGUCCCACCCUGCUCUACACAACCUGGCGCCUAGUUCACAAACCAUCCCCUCCCAUACCCAACUUAUUCCUUCCCCUACUACCCAACCCACUCCUCCCCCCAUCCUGCCCAUGUCUUCUGUCACACCCCUUGUGCAUCUCCACCCCCCCAGCCCCUGCCCCUUCUUACUUUACCCUUCCUUCCCACCCUGCCCAAUUCAUUUCCCAUACUGCUCCUACCUCUCUUCCUUCUGGCACUAUGGGCCCACAACCUCUCCCCCUCAACUUGUCCACUCCUUUCCCUUCUCUUACCUACCGCAUUGAAAAUGGAGCAAGAAGCCUAGAGACAGAAACAGGAGAAAAUUCAGAUAGAAUUUUGUUUCCUUUAAGGGAAAUUCCAACUUUCAAUAAAAAUGGGAACUUGGUAUCUAUAAGACAAUAUUCAGUCCUGAGGAUUUAAAUAAAUUCAAGGAAGAUCUUCCCUCAUUUGAGGAAGAACCAAUAUUAAUUAUCACAUGAUUAUCUCAAGAGAUGCAGAGAAAGCCUUAAGAAGCUGUAGCACUCAUUCAUAUUGAAAACCCUAGAAAGCAUAGGAAUAGAAGGGCUUUUCCUGGAAAUAAUAAACAGUAUAUCUAAAACCAUCAGCAAACAUCAUCUGCAGUGGGGGGAAACUAGAAGCCUUCUCAAUAAGAUCAGGAGUGAAACAAAGAUGCCCAUUAUCACCUCUAUUAUUUAACAUUGUACUAGAAACACUAGCAGUAGGAAUUUAGAGGAGAAAAAGAUAUUGAAGGUAUUAAAAUAGGCAAUGAGGAGACCAAGCCAUCACUCUAGAUGAUAUGAUGGUCUACUUAAAGAAUCCUAGAGAAUCAAAUAAAAAGCUAGUCGAAAUAAUCAACUUUAGCAAAGUUUCAGGAUACAAAAUAAACUGGCCUAAGUCAUCAGCAUUUCUAUAUAUUUCCAACACAUAGCAGCAGCAGGAAUUAAAAAGAGAAAUUCCAUUUAAAAUCAGCCUAGACAAUAUAAAAUACUUAGGAAUCUAUCUGCCUAGACAAACACAGAAACUAUAUGAACACUACUACAAAACACUCCACACAAUUAAAACUAGAUCCAAACAAUUGGAAAAACAUCAAUUGCUCAUGAGUAGGAUGAGAUAACAUAAUAAAAAUGACAAACCUGCCCAAAUUAAUUUACUUAUUUAGUGCCAUACCAACUGAACUACCAAAAAAGCUGUUUUACUGAAUUAGAAAACACCAUAAAAAGUUUAUUUGGAAGAACAGAAGAUCAAGGAUAUCCAGGAACGUGAGCCUGUCAGGGAGCAGCAAGGGUGGGGGUUCCUGUGCCCACAUGACAUGGAAGGAAUCUGAUCUUGGGCACAGAAGAAAUGCCAACACUCUCUCCCCCACCUGAUGGGUUUCUUUAACUGUGUCUUUAUGCCACCAAAGAAGAAUAUCACAAUGCAGACUGGGCAAAAAUCUCAUUUCUUAAUUAGGUAGUUUCAGAAGGUUCUGAUUGUUCAGGUCCCUCAUGGGAGAGUUAGUUGUCAGCAAGAUGAAAUCAGGAGAAAACUACCAAAGAAUCAAAUGAAAGAGCACAAGUGUUGUUCAAAAAGUCAUCAGACCAAGGAAAAUCAGAAAGUUUCAUCUCGCAAAUUUCUUUUUCUUAGAGAAAUUAAGGUAAAAUAGCGAACCAUUUGUUGUGGGUUUGGCCAAAGGUAUUACUAUGAUGGUCUUCAAUCUUCUGAAGAUUUCUUCUGAAAAUGGCUAGAAUUAUUAGAGCAACAUCUUUUACAAUGGUCAGGAUGGUAAUGAAGGAGGAGUUGAGAUCUCCUAAGUUCUCCUCCUAAUUGGUUAUUAAUGAAUUGGAGAUCUCAGGUGAGAGAUUGAGUGGAGGGGAGGGAGAGGGAGAGAGAGGGAGAGAUGGAGAGGAGGAAGAUAGAGUGACAGAGAGACGGAGAUACAAAAGACCUGGGCUAGAAGAGAGAACUACCGAUAUUUUUUAUCUGUUAAGUCAUCCCUGGUCAAUUCCAGUCAUCUGCCCUUCUAUCUCUAAGCAAAUGUAUAAAUGGAGAUUUUGAACCUUUGACUUCAAAGGUUCAAAAUCUCCAUUUAUGCACAAGUAACAUUGUUUUGAUGAUUACUACUUUUUUGUACAGUUUAAAGGUCUGGUACUUAUAGACCAGCAUCUUUCACAUUUUUUUCAUUAUUUCCGGUACAGUGUCCAUGUCUCACAACCGUACAGGAGCGAGCUGAGGACCACUGCGUUGUACACUUUGAGCUUUGUCGCAGUGCUUACACCUCUGUGUUGGAGGAUUUGCAGCGCAGCCGCUCAAGUGCCUGGCUGGCCUUUUGGAUCUUGGCAUUAAUCUUGUGGUCUAGGGACCCAUCAUUGGCGAUGGUACUGCCAAGGUACUUGAAAGUGUUGAUGUUAGAAAGCUGCGUGCCGUUGAUUGUAAUGCACGGCUGGUUCGUUGGCCUCCCUGGUGCAGGUUGGAGCAGCACCUCUGUUUUGCUGAGGCUGAUGGUCAGGCCAAACAGUUUUGUUGCGGUGGAGAACCUGUCCACAAUGAUUUGGAGAUGAUUUUCUUGGUGGGCCAUGAGAGUACAGUCAUCUGAAAAGAGAGCUUCCAGGAUGAGUCUCUCUGUUGUCUUUGUUUUUGCAGUCAGGCGGCAAAGGUCAAAUAGUGAGCCAUCCAGUCGGUAUUUGAUGUAGACACCCAGGUCUAGAUCCAUCACAGCAUGUCGUAAUACCUGGGUGAAAAACACAGUCUUGUUUAACACCAUCGGAGAUGUUGAAGCGAUCGGAAGUCUCUCCACCAGAUAGGACUUCCCCUGUCAUGUUGACAUGAAAGAGCUGGAUCAGUUUGAUGAAUUUUGCUGGGCAACCGAGCUUGCUGAGGACCACCCACAAUGUGUCCCUGUUCACUGUGUCGAACGCCUUUGACAGGUCUAUGAAGACAAUGUAGAGACUCAGGUUCUGCUCAAGGCAUUUUUCCGGCAUUUGCCUCACCGUGAAGACCAUGUCGAUGGUGCUGCGAUCUGGUCGAAAGCCACAUUGUGAUUCAGGAAUAUUCUGCUCUGAAACAGAUGACAGGAGUCUGUUGAGUAUAACACGGGCAAGGAUCUUUCCGGCAGUGGAGAGUAGUGAGAUGCCUCUGUAGUUGUCACAGACUGCUCUUGAGCCUUUGUUUUUGUAGAGGGCUACGAUGGAGGCAUCUCUGAGUUCUGGGGGCAUGUCUUCCUCUUCCCAUAUGCUGGUCAGUACUAUGUGGAAUGCCUGGAGCGUCUUUCCAUUUAAGGCCUUGUUCACCUCAGUUGGGAUCCCAUAUUUACCAGGUGCCUUGCCUGCACUUAUUUGUUUAAUGGCUUUUGGGACUUCCUCUAUUGAAGGAGGGACAUCAAGUUGUUCAAUGGAGUGGUUUUGGGGGAUCUGGUCAAGGGCGCUUUGGUCGACUGAAGAGGGUCGGUUGAGAAGCUGACUGAAGUGUUCUUUUCACCUGUUGCUGAUGCCUUUUUUAUCUUUUAUGAGAGUGUCACCGUCAGAGGAUAGCAAGGGAGUGGUAGUGGGUUUUGAUGGCCCAUAGACAGUCUUGAGGGCACUGAAAAAUUGUUUGUAGUUUUUCAUUUCAGGAAACCGCUGGAUUUCUUCCGCCUUUUUUUCCCACCAUCGGUCUUGCAUCUUCCUGAUCUCAUGCUGCGCCAUGGCUUGGAGAGACUUGAAUCUGUCCUUUUUAGGAGCAGACUUUGGGUUAUUUUGCCACUCCAUAAAGGCUUUGUUCUUCUUGCUCAAUAGGUCUUCAAUAGCAGUGUUGUUCUCGUCGAACCAGUCCUGGUGGUUGCGUUGUUUUGGGCCUAGGACUGCCUUUGAUGUUUCCUUCACUGCAUCUCUGGGGAACUGGUUCCAUUUCUCGGUUGAGCUUCCAGUGAGUGGUCCCUUGGCAGACAGCUUGCCAAACAGCAGCCAGGCAGGACUGGAACGUUUUCAAAUAUGAUGGAUCUCUAAGACGACUCAUAUUGUAAAAUGCGCGAACUGUCUGGGCGCGUUUUGGAUGGUGAGGCGCAAUGCGCAUUUGAAGAGUCGCUCUAACCAAUCAGUGGUCUGUCCAGCAUUCAGCUCCUCUCAUGGCUCUGGUGAUCUUUACAUCCUGGAUGUCUCGCCGGCGUACAAUGAUGUAGUCAAUGAGAUGCCACUGUUUUGAUCUUGGGUGCAUCCACGUUGUUUUAUAUUCGUUCGCCAUUCUGAACACAGUGUUCAUGAUGGUGAGUUCGAACUCUGAGCAUUUGCUGAGUAGCAGUAGGCCAUUGUUGUUCAUUUUGCCCACACCAUGUUUGCCGAGCACUCCUUUCCAUCUUUCAUGGUCCUGGCCAAUGCGGGCGUUGAAGUCUCCCAGUAGUAUCAGCUUGUAUAUGGGGGUACAGACGUGUAUGGGGGUGUAUGGGAUGCUCAGGGAGGGGUAGUAUCUUUGGUAUGGAGGGCUUGUCGUGCCCUCCUAGGGCAGCUCUCCAGCCUCUGAUCCCCACCUGACACCCAGCUCUCACUGUUAACAAUUACAUAGGCAUUAGUAUGACUCUCAUAGGAAAAGGGGAUAGAAUUUAUCAACCACAACAUACACCUAGUAGCCUUGACAACAACAACAACAACAAAUUGUGUUUAAAUCAGGUAGAGACACUGCACAGGUAUUUCUUACGGACAGAUUGUCUUGGUCAAACUCCUAGAAAGGAUGAGAUGUCAGGCAGAAUAGACUUUGAGAUUUUUAAUUGGAAACCUAAAUUACAUAAACGGUUAUCUACAUCAAUAUAUAGAUUCUAUUCAUGACAAUAUCUAUAUCACUAUUAUAUACCAACCACCAUUGGUGUGGUUACAUGUUAAUCUUACAGACAUGGGUAUCUUACUCCAACUGUCCAUUUUAUUCACAAAGCAUUUACUAUCAUUAUGCAUCGCUCCAAAUGCUUUAUAUUGACAAGUAUAGGAGCGAUAGUUUCAAUUAUUGCUAUAAUUACAGCAACAAUUGUGUUCACUGACUAUACAAAACUAAGGUUUUUUUUUGUUUUUUUUUUAAACCCUUACCUUCCGUCUUGGAGUCAAUACUGUGUAUUGGCUCCAAGGCAGAAGAGUGGUAAGGGUAGGCAAUGGGGGUCAAGUGACUUGCCCAGGGUCACACAGCUGGGAAGUGUCUGAGGCCAGAUUUGAACCUAGGACCUCCCAUCUCUAGGGCUAGCUCUCAAUUCACUGAGCUACCCAGCUGCCCCCUAAAACUAAGGUUUUAUACAAGAGGUUGUAUCUAAUUCAUCUGAACUUUUGACGCACAGAACAAAGUCUUGACCUUGCUUUUAAGGAUGAAUUAGAAAUUUUGAAAGAUUCUAUAUUUUGGCUAAGAAAAGAGGUUGAAGCUUUACAAACUAUAAUUACUUACCUAUCUCAUUUCAACCAAACAGGAUAUUGUAUUACACCUUUAAAAUAUAAUAAUGUUUAAUAUGAAUGGCAAUCUGUAGUAAAGCACAUUAAAGAUGCUUGGGGACAUUACAAAAUCACAUUGGGUGUUAUACAUUUACAACAGGAAAUUAAUAAGUUAGACCAAAUUGUAUAUGAGCAAGAAGCUGUAGAAAUUGCUUCUAAAUGGAAAGAAAGUUAAGCUUCUGUUACCCCCCCCCAAAAAAAAAACUGGUUUGGCAGAAUUAAUUUACAAACAUUGGCAAUGUCAUAUUCUUGGUUGUUAUAUUGAUUGGUUUACUUAUACAGAAGAAGAGGUUUAAAUAAGGCUUACAUGAGAAAUAUGCAGCCUGAAGUUACAAUAUCACUUCAUUCUCAUCAUUCUUGUUGUUUAAAAAAUAUAGAGCCUAGCCCUUACCACUCUUCUGCCUUGGAGCCAAUACACAGUAUUGACUUCAAGACAGAAGGUAAGGGUUUAUUUAAAAAAAAAAAUAGAGAGAGCAACAACGAAUCAGAAUGUAAUGUUUAUGGAAAUAUUGGUACUUUAAAAAAUUUGCAUUAAUUGUUGUAUUAAUGUUUUUGUAAAGCUUUUCAUAAUGAAAAAUUUUGCACACUUACAAUGUGAAUCUUGGUCAACUUAAAUUAGGGAAAUAGAAAUCAUUUCUGAAUGAAAAUUCUUGUAUUACACAUUGUCUUAGCUAAAACAAUGCCACAUGAAAUGUGAGCCAUGAGUUUAAAAUUUCGUAUUAACUUUAUUUUUAUUUUCCCUGAUUAUUUUUCCCAAAUAUUUUCUUUUAAGUACUAGAAGUACAUUGAAAGCAGUAUUAAUAUUAUGAUCCUGAAAUAUGAAUCAACAAUAUCUAUAAUCUUUACUAUGUUUGCUUACCCAAAGCCUUGUGACUGUUGGAACCUGCAAGAAUUUGUUAAACCUCAUGGGACUAAUAUGAGUUAUUUUGUCUGAUUGCAGAAGAAGGGAUUGCAAUGGCUACAUUACACUUUUGCCAGGAAGCCUAAGACACAGAGAGGCCUAUAAUCCAUAUGAGAGGGAUAAAUAUUGGUUGCUAAGGUUGGAGGUAAAAGGACGCAGUGUUUUGACACCCUCAAACACAGGUCAGCCUGGUACCAAAGUUCCAAUCAAAUAUCUAUGUGGCCUGGCCUCAAUAUCCCAAAGACUAUGCAUGAUCAGACCAAGGGAAAGGAAAGACUUUCCUCUCAUCUCAAACUGUAGUACCUUUCUUUAGAUUUAAAGGUCUGGCAACUUCUUACAGUACUGGCUGAACAUGGGUAAAAUGUUAUAUUAAUGAACCUGACCUACAGGAUUAUGGGACUGCUCACAUUAAUUCAGGAUGACUAGUGCGUUAAGGUCAUUUUAAUUUUUAUUAUUGGUCUUGCAUACAUUUUUUUAAAUUUAAUUUUGCUAUUUAAUUUAGAAUUUAUUUUUUAUUUGAUAUUUUUGCUAUAAUUAUUAUUUUUGUUGUUUUUUGUUUAGUUUAUAAUUUCUUUUUACCAUCACGCUCUUGUUUUGAUUUUUAAACAAGAAGAGGGAUAUGUAGCAUACCAGGUAUAUUAGCAUCUUGGAAAUAUGAUUGGUGUAUUGAUAUUGUUGCUUAGUGAUUAUUGUACUGCCAAAUCUUCAGACCAAAGGACAAAAAGAAUUCCUGGCCAGGACAUUAUUUGCCACAGGGUCCUAGCUCACACCUUUCCAAGUCACAUGUUUGAUUAACCUCCUCCUCUUUUGAUUACGUGAUUGUCAAUUCAGCCAAUAUUAAAGCCUAUGCCAUGUCACAUGUUCAUUAGUUACCUCCCACUCCACAUUCCUAAACUCUCCAUUAAAAGUUUAAGGGCACGUGUGGAGCAUCCUCUAAAAUCCAUCAGAGGAGCACAGCAACAUGUAGCCCAUAUUUUUAACUCGU